AUAUAAUAGGGUCCCUAGAAGUAAGAGUCUGGACAAUCUGUGGGUUUGAAGCAAAAUGGCGUCGAUAGUUACCAAUUGUACAUACAGCAAUAGUUGUAUACAUUAUUGUGUAAAAUUGAUAUAAGAUGUUUGGUUUUUAGAUUUAUCUACUAUAAACAAGGUAAGUCUAUACAUAUGAUUUAAACUUAUUGAGUUAAAAAUAAAAGUAGAUAUACAGGCACUGUGAAGUAAAAAAGUGACAUUUUAACCUUCUCAUCAAUCAUUAUAUCUAUUAAUGAUUUAAAUGUUAUCACUUCACAGAAAAUAUGACUGGUUGUUGUGUCGUUGGAUACAAUAACAAUAGCGAAAAAGGCUUUUCGCUAAGACGAUUUCCAUCCAAUAAAGAACGGAAGAUAUUAUGGGUGCUGAAAAAAGGCCAGAAGAAUUGGAAACCUUCUCCAUACUCACAUAUUUGUGAAGUCCAUUUUGCUGAAGAUAUGUGGGAGAAACCUCAAAUCGAUGGGAAAAAGAAGUUGAAACACAAUGCUGUGCCAACAAUUUUUCCCACUGUUCAAAAAGAAAAAGAAAAUAAGAAAACCCCUCACAACUUCAACCCCUUCAACCCUUAUACAAAGUACAACGUGCAAGAUACUCAAGAAAGGUCUAUUCAAUUUAGUUUUGAUGCUAUUGCAGCAACAUCAAACUCAGAUGUUAAUGAAUCAACGUUGGAACCAGCUUUAUUACAAAUAGAAGAGCUGAAAAGAAAGCUCAAAGAAGCAAAUGAAAAACUGCAAAUCGCCGACACAGUUCUUUACAAAACUGAGAAAACGAAAAAAAUCCUGUUGCAACCAAUAAAAAAAUUAAAAAGCCAAAAGAGACUACGCAUUGAAAAAAGUUUGUUAAAAUCCUCAGAAAUUUUACGGAAGGUUUUCAACAAUGACCAAAUCGAAUGGCUUCAAAAAGAUUCCCCCAUACGGGGAGUUUAUAAAUGGUCUGAAGAAACAAUUAGAAAAGUACUUAGAUUAAAAUUUUGUUGUUCUGAGAAGGGCUAUAAAGAACUCAUAGCAUAAAAUAUUCCUUUACCAUCAACACGUACACUCAGGAGAAGCAUUGUAACACUUAAUUUUUAACCAGGGAUAUGUGAUGACAUCUUUGAAGCUUUAAAAGACAAAGUAUCACAAUUUCAGGAUGAUAGAGAGAAGGAUUGCAUGUUAGCGCUCGAUGAAAUCAGUCUUGCACCUGGUGAACAAAAUGAUGCAUCAACAAAUUUUCUUAUUGGA